AAAAGGGAAGAACCCAGAGACCGUCUGGUGAUACAAACUGAAUAAAUAUAUUACUUUCUGACGGAAAAAAUACAUCCUUAAUUUGAAUUAUAAAUGAUAUUCAUGCUUUACAUCACACGGUUACCUUAAUGCUAUAUUUAGGGACCAUAUUGUGUCUGUAUUUGUUUAGCUAGCUGUUAUCACGUCGCUAUCUGACUGCUCCCCAAACACACCGCCUUUGUGGCUAUGAGUACGGAUUUACUGUCUGAUUUGGACACUCGUUUCUUCGCUGAUAACCUCCUGACAAGCGAAGAUUGGGAUGCCUGCCUGUACCAGUGUGAGAGCAUGGAGGAGGGGGAGGACAUGGAUUUCAGCCGGGGGCUGAAAUACGAACCUUCGUUUGACAAUGACCUCGUGCUCACCCUUGAUCCUGACAACCCCACGUCGCCAUGGCAACACCUUGACGACAACCUUCUCACAGGGGAAACUCCUGUGAUUAAAAAUGAAAUGACCAUCACUCAGCCAUUACCAGUGGAAAUGUUGUUCCAGGUGAAAGCAGAGCCUCCCUCCCCUGCAUCCUCACUCGGGUCCGACUGCUCUGCCUUAUCACCUGACCCACAGAUCACAGUUAAAGGUGAAAACCCCCCGACUCCUCCGUACAUGUACGGAGAUGUGCUGUCUCCUCCGCUGGGGACCAUGGAGGUCACCGUGGCAACAACAACCGUAUCCCCACCACAGGCGCCGUUGACAACACAGAUCCCAGCAGUCAUAAGUGGAAUACAGACGCAGGCCGCAGUUCUGCCAGGUUCGGCCACAUUAAAGGCCAGCACCAUCCUGAGCACUAAACCUCCCAUCCAGCCCAGACCGGUGUGCGUCACCACCCUCCCCAUCCCCCAGACCCCCACACCAGCCAAGACCCUUAUACUGCAGGGCCUCCCCUCCAUGGACCAGAACAGACCUGUCGUCUUGUCUCAGUCCGUCUGCCUCAGUUCAGCCCCGGCCAUUGUUAAAAUGGAGCCUGUCUCUCCCGGCAUCCCACAGCACGGCUCCAGCCCCACAACUCCGCCCACCAGCAAACCCAUCGUCCCUGCAACGACGACGUUACCCGGCAACAACUCCAACGAUAUUGAUAUGAAGGUGCUGAAGCGGCAGCAGAGGAUGAUAAAGAACCGGGAGUCAGCGUGCCAGUCGAGGAAGAAGAAGAAGGAGUACCUGCAGAACUUGGAGGCUCAGCUCAAGGAGGCCCAGCAGGAGAAUGAACGACUCCGCAGGGAGAAUCAGGCGCUGAGGGAGAGGCUGGCUGGGAAAGAGGGCAGCGACUCAGCGAGCAACAAGAGAGCCGUGUGUGUCAUGGCUGUCCUGCUGUUCAUGACCUUCAGCUUCGGACCUGUCAGCAUCACAGACAGAAAGCUGUCAGGCCUACAGGAUGGUGUGGUGUCGUAUACGGGACGACGACUGCUGGAGAUCGAACAACAACAGCAGCAGCAGCAAGCAGCUGCUCAGCCUCCGAGCAGAGUGGAGGAAAAAACAGAGACGGAGGAGGACGGAGGAGACGAAGCUGCGGAGUCGUAUCAGUUCAGGAACCUGAGUGAUGUGUUCAGUGACGUGAAAGAUCUGGUGUUGCAAGACAUCGAUCGUUACUUCAGCUCCUCAGACUGCCGACAGUUCAACCGCUCAGAGUCUCUCAGGCUGGCGGACGAGCUCAGAGGUUGGGUCCAUCGACAUCAGAUCGACAGGAAGAAGUCUGGAGGAAAACCAAAAACCGCCAAGAAGGCCAAAAUUGCCCAGAAAGCUCAGCUGAGGAAGACAAACUUCUCCAGAUAUCUGCCGAUCCAGGCUCACCGCUCCAUAGAAAGUCAGCUGCAGGUGCUUCCUGGUCCUGAGGUCACCUACAGCGACUUCCUGGACGCCAUCGACCGUAGAGAGGACACUUUCUACGUUGUCUCUUUCAGACGGGACCACCUGUUGUUACCGGCCAUCAGCCACAAUAAAACCAGCAGACCUAAAAUGUCUCUGGUGAUGCCGGCCAUGUCUGUAAACGAGAGCCUCUAUAACUCCUCUCAGGGUUAUGAGAUGAUGAUGCAGGUCGACUGCGAGGUCAUGGACACCCGCAUCGUCCCUAUCAAGUCUUCCGCCGUCCCGCCAUCUCUCCGCGACCCGCCUCCGCCUCCCCCCUCCUCCUCCCACCACAACCAUCAUCACCACGGCAACCACACCUCGCUGCGAGGGCGCCACCACCAUCACCCCUCCUCCUCCUCUUCUUCAUCUUCCUCCUCGUCAUCAUCAUCUCCGAGGCAACCUUUACCCGCCCGCAGACAGAGAGCAGAAUAUUUAAUCAGCCAAUCAGAAGGUGUCUGAUGAGAUGUCGCCAUGGUGAUGUGGAAAGAAGAAAAGGAUGCGAUGGGGAAACAGGGAGAUGGUUUUAUGUUUGGGGAAAAAACAUCUUCAUCAUCUGUGGGACAGGUAACAAACACACGUCUGCUCUUUCCAGGAAAACUUAAGAAAACCUCCACCAAACACUUGCAAAAGGCUUUAAUCAGUAAUUUGAGCUGUUAUUGUAACAGGGAUGUUUACUGUCACUAAACUCAAAAGAUUUGGGGUUGUAAACUUUACAAAAAGUUUCCCAUUGAAGAUAAUGUCCUAAUAUGUAAGAAUACAUUUCUAAAAAUGAAAGCCAGACGCAGACCUGUCAGCACACCGCACUUACCCUACGUUUUAAUAUUUAAUUGUGAGAGUGUACAGUUUGAAUGAAGCACGGAGGACAGGACACUGGCAGGGCCGUUUAUGUAGAUGCUGAAGUGAUUUUAUGUCAUCUAAAGAGACAGUUUGUUUUCGCCCUUUAACAAACUGUCACUGGUCGUCUCAGAGCUCAGCAGGUUGUAACGGGUUCAACCAACAGGUGGCACCGCCGGGCUGCACAGUUACACUCGAAAAGGAAAUGAUUUGUAGAUAUCAGGAUCAAUAUUUUUAUGCAUUUCAACUAAUCUCAUGUUGUAAUUGAUUGAGAGUGAAAUCUUCUGAUCAGCAAUAAAUCAGUCUAUAGCAAUAGAGGCUGUAAUUAUUAACUGUGCAGCUCCAGCAGGAUGAACUCAGUCCUGUAAUUUUUCGACACUACUGAUGUUCUGGCUCUCAGCAGAGGUUUCUGUGAAGUUUGUUUAUUUUUGUUGUUGUGACUCUCAGUUGUAGAACUGUCUGAAUAUCAGCACUGACGCCUGCUGCAUGAAGCGGGAUCUUAAAGGAUACAUUAGUUAUUUUUCAACCUGGACCCAAUUUUCUCAUGCUUUGGUGUCUAAGUGACUCACAGGAACAGCGGUUUUUUUUUUUUUUUCAAAUUGGGUCCAGUAUUGAGCAAGAACACUGCAGCUGGCAGUGGUGAAAAAGGCUGCAGUGCAGUUUCCAAGGAUAUAAAUUAUCUCUGAUGUCCAUCGAGAAUAAAUGUCUAUAAAUCUUCUUAGAAAUCUUCCAAAAAAAAAGACAAACUUUUCAAGUUUUCUGCAUAUGAAAUUAAUACAAUGAUAGUUGUCUGUUCAUUAAUGGGUACACUGCUAAUAGGUAAUAUAGCAUACUUCUAUUGGUGUCAGUUAGCUCAAAUAUAAACUGAUAAAGGCUAACAACAGUUUAAAAGCCUUAAAAAAGUUUACCAAGUAUGUUAAAACACAAAAGACAGACAACUCUUUCUGCAUCCAGCACACAAAAAUAAAGAAUCACUAAGAUCCUGCUUCAUGUUGCAUCUGUCACCUUUCUUAUUCAUGUUUAUUUCUUUGGUUUUAUGGAAAAUCAUAUUGUUUUGAAUGGGGAUUAUUUAAUAGUUGUAAAUAUCAGUGUUCCCUCUGUAGAUAUUUUGUUUGCUUUUGCCACUUUUUUAUAAUUUUUUAUUUCUUUGUCUUUUGAUCUUUUGACAACAAAAAGUAAAAAGUAAAAAAAAAAAUACUAAAAAUAGAAUAAAGUGGAGUAAUAAGGCUGGGAGGGUAAAAAUGUUGAAUUUUAUAUUUUUUAUUCUUGUGUUUAGUUGAGUGGACCAACCACCGUUACUCACUCUGUGCUCACAGUAUGAACUCAGGACAUUCUCUCCUGAAAGUAAAAUAUAUUUAUGAAAAUAUAACCACAGAUUUUUUUUAUUGUACAGAGUAAAGCUGUAGAAAGUUUCAGCUAACAACAGGUUAUGAUUUGUUUUGUUUUCAGAGAAUAUACUGAAACCAUCCCAGAAAAGACAAGACAAACAAGACACACGUUUUACUUGUAAAAUGGAGUUUGUCUUGAGUCUUUAACACUUUUUUCCUCUGACCAAGAGAUGAAUCUGAUUCUGAUUUUUUGUUUGUUUCACACCAAAACUUGUUUUCUGUUCUUGUCUUUGUGUUUUUGCCAAUUUUCUCAUCGAAUCUAUAAACUUAAAAGAGUCACUCCAACAAUUUUACACAUCCAAAGUCAUUUCACUCAGCAUUAUGGGAAAUGUAGGAUCCUCUGUGGUUCUGGAGAGACUUUUCGAAGUCUGAAAAGUAACCCUGAUUAUGAGGGUUUAUCAAAAGAGACUGCUGAGUUGCAUUAUGGGAAAUGUAGGAUCCAGUGGUUGGGGGCUUCACUUGUACUUUAUACUAAGCCUACAUCCACACUAAUUCAUUAUCAUUUUAAAGUGCAGAAUUAUUGGUACCUUUACGCCUAGCGCCCACACUACUCCGGCAUUUUGGAACCCCUAAAAAAAGAGACCUUUGAAAACACUGCUGACCGCAUUUUAGUUUGAAACCUCCGGGCUUGCAUUUUAGUCAUGGCUUCCUCUGAGAAUGGAUAAUGCUCCUCGUACUGUGAUAAUAUGUCACUCAAUUAUAUUUCCUUCACGUAUGAAAAUAGAUACAAAUAGAUUUCAAAUGUUGUAAAUGUCACUGCUCUUAUAUUUCCAUGCGUCCUUUAUAUUGGCAUAAAUACAGCCAAUAGAUGGUGCUAGAGCAGUGGUUCCCAACUGGUUGGUCACGGUGUAAAAGUUUGUAAAAAACACACUUUAUUUUGAAGUAUAGUAACUUUCCAGAAAUAUGAGGCUGAAUAUUAUUAAACUGUGCUGACCUUGAACUAAUGACUGAGGAGAAAUCUCGACCCCGUGGCCCGAUCAGUUGGGAAAAACUGCACUAGAGGGCAGAUUCUAAAGUUUCUGACAACAACAAAGAUGGCGACAGUGGAGGACGUCAUAGUCAUUUACCUUUUAAUGGAGGCAGCGUUGUAGAUAGGUGGUGUUUGUUCGGCCAUUUGAUACAUCGCUACAUGCGGACAGAGAAUUCCCUCACUAUACUACUGAUUCGUUCUGUCAUUUUAAAAAUGUCUUCAUCAUGUCUUUCAGUCGAAUCUCGCUUGAUCUACACUACACUGCCACAGUCUGUAGUGGUAAUGCUGCAUUUUGUCUGUGUCUGUGAGCUUUAAAUGUGCAUAAAUACAGACGAAAUGAACACAGACUGCAGGCAGAAGGCUCCGUAUAGGUAUCUAACGCUGAGCUCUUAUACUGAUGAAACCGUCAGUACCAGUUCCAACUUGUCAUCAGUCCAGGCAAAUAAACCUCUGGUCUUACCUUUUUGUCAUCUCAGCAGUAUUUUCUGUUACUGAGCAACCAAACCACAGAGGCAUAUCACAUGCCCAGCAUACACAUAUGGUCGUGCUUUUUCAGGCUUGUUAGUGUGGACGGAGAUUGUUGUGAAAACACUCGUGUGUAUGGCAGAUUGUUUUCGUAUAAAAGGGCCGUUUUAAAAUGUAAGAUAUUAGUGUGGAUCUGGUCAAAACUCAGAAUAUCUCUGUGGCACAUAUUCUUUCCACCCACUUAUUCCUCAUGUCUCUUUAAGUUCAUCAAAUUGAUUAAAGUGCAAUACUAAAUUGUUGGAGAGGCCCUUUAAGAGUUCAGAAUCAUAAAACUUUAACACAAAGGUCGACAAUCACAGAAAUUAAAACUGAGGUUAUCUAUUUACAUUUUUGCCAUUUAAGAACUACCUAAUAUUUCAUGUUUGCUAAAAAAAAAAAAAUCCAAAUUCAAUGUGAGAAAAGAGAAGUUGGAUAUUUUGGAAUUUGCUUUUUUUGUUCACUGGUUAAGGAGCAGUCCGGCACAUAACAAUAAAUUGUGGUUUUUAUUCUCAGAUUUUUGUACAGAUUAAACAGACACCUUUAUAAUCAGUGAACUGUAGAGGAGCGAAUUGUUGGAUUUUUGUUACCUUGUUUGGACAGAGCCAGGCUAUAGCUGUUUCCCCUCUGUUUCCAGUCCUUAUGCUAAGCUAAGCUAACAAGCAUAUUUACCGUACACACGUCUGACUCGGCAAGAAAGCAAAAAGCCGCAUUUCCCAAAAUGCCGAAUUAUUCCUUUAACUACUAAUAACUUAAACUUUAUUUUCAUCACUGGUUUCCUUUUUGUUCGUGUGUCUCUGUGUUUUCUCCACCCUGCUGUGCUGCACGCUGCUGCUCCUCCAUGUCUGGUAAAAAAAGUUUAAAAAUUGUGUUUUGUUCUUUGUCAUUUUUUUUAUACUGAUCGAAUUUGUUACUCAUGGUGUCAAGAAAUGCAAACAUGAAAAGUGGAUAUGCAGUUCAAUGUGUGUUUUGAAGAGCAGUGGGUGGAAACAGCUGAGUCAUGUUCUUAUGAAACAACAGUUUGUUCCUUUUUUGUUUUUUUAAAGGAUUGUAUGUAAAAUGUUUUUGGGCAAUAUUACUCAUCUGGCUGGUGGUUCUUAACGGACAGGGGGGGAUGUCUUUACUUUCUGCCUAAAGCAGUGGACAAAAUGGUUGUUUUUUUGUGAAGUUUCAGUCACUGUUGGCAACCAAUGGCUAUUUUUAAUCAUCAUUAAAUAUUUCAGUUAUUAACUCAAUAAAUCAGAGAAAAAUUUGGCUCGUAAAAUGUCUGAAAAUAUUCAUAAAUGCAGAUCGAAAUAUCCUAAAACCCAAACUGACUUCUUGAUAUUGUGUAAAGGGAACAGAAAAUCUGCAAAUAUUCACUUUUGUGCAGAAACCAGUAAAUUUUGGGGGCUUUUUUGCCUCGGAAAGUAACUUGAACUGUGACUAAUCAUCAGAAUAGGUGUAUCAAUCAGAUCAAUUUAGCAACUAAUCAUUUAUGUAUUGUCCCUGUAGAAAUAAUAACAUUAUGAAAUAAAAUGUGAAGUUGGUCAACAUUUCUUGGAUCAUGAACUGGAGUUUAAAUUCUGUUCUUUGUGUUAAGGACUGGGGGGGAAAAAAUCACUAGAUCAAUUUAAAAAGAAAAUGUGAUUGUGACGUUUGAUCAGGGCAGAAUUUGAGUUUCAGAUCCAGUUAAGAACCACCGACCUGAUCAGUCAAAAUAUUAAAAUAUUCACUUGUUUCAUGUUUGUUUUUUACCGUCAGACCUUUAAAAAUGAAUUUCCAGCACACACACAGCUGAGUGUGACAGCAUGCAGUCUGUGGUAACUCAAGGUAACGAUGUAAAUAAGAUUAAAACAGUAUGCCUUUGUUGUUGUUGUUUUUUAUUUAAAUAUGUAAGUAUGUCUUUCUAAUUCCAUCCUCUCUGAUGAAAUGACACAUUUGAACUUUUGCCUUUUAUGUUUGUAGAAAUGAAUUUGAUAAAGAUAAAAUAAACUAAC